ACCAAACCUUUCCCGCUAAAUUCACCCGCCAUGCCUACAUUCUUUUUUGUAUAAUAACUCCCUCUAAAACGUUUUCACAAAAACUAAAUUGUUUUGUCGAAAUUCCCAAAGAACGUCCACUGCUAAAUUCCAAACUAUGGUGGUUCCUCUCGGCCCGGGCAAGUUCUACGGGAGCAGUCUUCCACGGCCCCGUAUCUACACUGACACAAGGUUCAACCCCGAACGCGUGGAUCCUCCGGUUCCAGUCCUUGAUCCGCUGCUCUCAUGGGCCAAUGAAGCCCAUUGGUCCAUGGGUGGUCUCAGUUUCAAGCGCCUCCGUCUCCAAGGUCGCAUCGAAGGCAACAUCAAAAGACUCAAAGCUCAGCGCGAAAAGCUCCUCGAGGCCAGCCCCGACGAUGAUCUUACCGUUAAGAAAAACAAAAGGGAUGCUGCCGCAUCGCCCCCUCCUGCUCCUGUGGCGGUAAAGAGAAGGAGAUUCUUGGAUCUUAAUGACGACAACGUGGAGAGCGAAAAUGAAGGCAAUGAAAUGGUGAUUGAGAGAGAAGAGAAGAGGGUGUUGAGGAAAGGUGCGGUGCGGAAAUUGUGGGAUGAUUUUGAGAGAGUGGCCAAGUAUAGCGGCGUGGUCAGCAAAAGAGAGAGGCGUCUUAAUAGUGAUGUGAUGAAGAUUGUAGAGGAGGUUAACGUUGAGUCGGAAAUUGAAGGAGAUAAGAAGAAGACGAAGAAGAAGAAGAGUUUGAAGAAGGGUAAGAGUGAGGUGCAGAGUGGGAGUAGGACUUCUCCAAGAUUGGCAAAGCGUGGUUAGAUGUAGGAUUUUUAUGU